AUGGUAUCCAUUAUUAAAGAUAUUAUACUAUUUAAGUUAUUAGAUUCAUCUGAUUCGCUGUCAAGUGAAUUAUUAUUAGCCAGCGUCGUAUUACACUCACAAAGCUGUAAAAUAAAAUUUGAAAUUGAUACAACCGAUUCAUUGUCCAAUGGAAUAGUAUCAAUUAAUGCUGUGCUGGAUUCAGAGACCUAUUAUUGCAAGAAACAAAAUGUUGAUUAUAAGACUAUCAUUAGCAAAAGGUGA